AUGUAUAUGAGACAGCGCCCCGCCACAUCCGCGCGUGGCGCUGCCGUGAACCAGCCACGACCGCCACCACCGCUGAACUCUGUCUUUAAUAUUAUUCCCGUUCACGACCUGCUCAUAGAUCAUCCUUCUCUCCGGUAUCCAGAGGUACGCGCCGCCGCAGCCGCACUUCGUACCGUCGGAGACUUACCAAAGCACCGUUUCAUGGCGUGGCAACCGGACAUGGACCUUCUGGACUGGCUCCGGUUAUUGUUCGGGUUUCAGAACGACAACGCGCGGAACCAGAGGGAGCAUUUGGUUCUUCACCUUGCAAAUGCUCAGAUGCGACUCGAACCUCCUCCAGCUAUAGUUGAUUCGCUUGACGGAGGUGUUUUGCAGAGGUUUCGAAAGAAGCUACUUCAUAACUACACUGCAUGGUGUUCGUAUCUCGGAUUAAAGUCUAACGUGUUGCUCUCUCGCCGCCGUCGUGACCCGUCGGAUCUUCGCCGUGAGUUGUUGUAUGUUUUGCUUUACCUUCUAAUUUGGGGCGAAGCUGGUAACCUUCGGUUUGUUCCUGAGUGUAUUUGUUAUAUUUAUCAUUUCAUGGCGAAAGAGCUUAAUUUGGUUCUUGACGAGUUUAUAGACCCUAAUACUGGUAGUCCUUUUUUGCCUACGGUUUCCGGCGAUUACGGAUUUUUGAAGUCUGUUGUUAUGCCUAUUUGUAAUACUAUUAAGGUUGAGGUUGAGAGUAGUAGAAAUGGGAAAGCUCCACAUUCUGCUUGGAGGAAUUAUGAUGAUAUAAAUGAGUAUUUUUGGAGUAGGAGGUGUUUGAAGAAGCUAGGAUGGCCUUUGAAGUUUGAGUCUAGUUUUUUCGGGACUACGCCGAAGGAUAGGCGUGUGGGGAAAACUGGGUAUGUUGAACUAAGGUCGUUUUGGAAUAUCUAUAAGAGUUUUGAUAGGCUCUGGGUUAUGCUGAUUUUGUUCAUGCAGGGUGCUAUUAUUGUUGCUUGGGAGGAUACUAAAUAUCCAUGGCAAGCAUUGGAGAGAAAGGAUGUUCUAGUCAAGAUGUUGACUUUGUUUAUCACUUGGGGUGGUCUUCGGAUACUUCAAUCGGUGCUUGAUGCUGGAACUCAGUAUAGUUUGGUUACUAAAGAGACUGCUUGGCGUGGAGUAAGGAUGGUGCUCAAGAGUAUGGCUGCUAUAACAUGGACUGUUUUGUUUGCGGUCUUUUAUGGAUUGAUUUGGAUGGAGAAGGGUUCUAGUCGAAAUUGGUCUGAUAAGGCAGAUCAGAGGAUUAUUACAUUUCUUAAGAUUGUCUUCUGCUUUCUUGUACCAGAAAUGCUGGCAUGUGUACUGUUUAUAAUACCAUGUUUACGGAAUUUCAUUGAGGAAUCGGACUGGAGUAUAAUAUACUUAUGGACAUGGUGGUUUCAUACCCGGAUUUUUGUUGGCCGUGGUGUGAGACAAGGGCUUCUAGAUAACGUGAAGUAUACUAUUUUCUGGGUAGGAGUAUUAGCUUCAAAAUUUUCGUUCAGUUACUUUCUUCAGUUCAAACCUCUAGUUGCUCCUACAAAGGCCCUAUUGAAACUUAGGGGCAUUAAUUAUAAAUGGCAUGAGUUUUUCAAUAACACCAACAGAGUUGCAGUUGUUUUGCUAUGGUUACCUGUUGUGCUAAUAUACUUCAUGGAUUUGCAAAUAUGGUAUUCGAUUAUCUCUGCCGGUGUUGGUGGUACGAUUGGUCUGUUCUCACAUUUGGGUGAAAUUCGGAACAUCUCACAACUUAGGCUCCGAUUCCAGUUCUUUGCCAGUGCAAUGCAGUUCAAUCUGAUGCCAGAGGAGAAGCUGUUAAGUCAGCAGGCAACAUUGCUGAGGAAGCUUCGCGAUGCCUUCCAUCGGUUGAAAUUACGAUACGGACUUGGUAAACCCUUCACAAAAAUUGAAUCAAGCCAAGUGGAUGCCACCAGGUUUGCUUUAAUAUGGAAUGAGAUUAUCAUAACUUUCAGGAAGGAAGAUAUCAUCAGUGAUCGAGAACUAGAACUCUUGGAACUGCCACCAAAUUGCUGGAAAAUUAGGGUAAUUCGAUGGCCGUGUUUCCUUCUAUGCAAUGAACUACUGCUUGCUCUCAGUCAGGCAAAAGAGCUGGAAAAUGAGUCUGACACGUCACUUUGGUUGAGGAUAUGCAAGAGUGAGUAUCGCCGGUGUGCGGUCAUUGAAGCUUAUGAUAGCAUUAAAUACUUAUUUCUUACUAUUCUUAAAGUUGAUAAGGUAGAGUUCUCCAUUGUGACUAAUAUAUUCAGGGAAAUAGACUACUACAUUCAGGGGGGUAAGUUAACAGAUGCAUACAAGAUGUCUCUGCUGCCAGAGCUACAUGCUAAGGCGAUUGAACUUGUUAAACUUUCUUUACAACCAAAUAAAGAUUUGAAUAAGGCUGUAAAUUUGUUGCAAGCCUUAUAUGAAUUGUGUGUUCGAAGAUUUCCAAAGGUGAAGAAGACCGCCACCCAGCUGGUUGAGGAAGGUCUGGCGCUAGAAGGUCCAACAACUGAUGGGGGACUGCUCUUUGAGACUGCUAUUGUUUUUCCUGAUGCCGGAGAUGAAGUCUUUACUAGGCAACUCAGAAGGUUGUAUACAAUUCUUACUUCAAGAGACUCUAUGCACGAUGUUCCUUUGAAUCUUGAGGCUCGACGACGGAUUGCUUUCUUUAGCAAUUCUUUGUUUAUGAACAUGCCUCAUGCUCCCUAUGUUGAAAAGAUGAUGGCUUUCAGUGUUUUGACCCCAUAUUAUGAUGAGGAAGUUUUAUAUAGCAAAGAGUCUCUUCGAAAGGAGAAUGAGGAUGGUAUUACUACUUUGUUUUAUUUGCAGAAGAUAUAUGAAGAUGAAUGGAAUAAUUUUAUGGAAAGGAUGCGUAGAGAGGGCUUGAAAGAUGAGGAUGAUAUUUGGACAACAAAAGCCUGGGACCUCCGCCUUUGGGUAUCUUAUAGAGGUCAAACAUUGUCUCGCACAGUCAGGGGGAUGAUGUAUUAUUAUAGCGCCCUUAAGAUGCUUGCUUUUCUUGAUUCAGCAUCUGAGAUGGAUGUAAGAGAGGGAUCUGAGCAUAUUAUUUCAUAUGGUUCAACAUAUGAAAACAGAAAUUUGAAUACUCUAUCCUCAGACAGGCAUCCAUCUCUACGGAAAUUGAGAAGGGCGGAUAGCAGCGUGUCGCUGUUAUUCAAGGGACAUGAAUAUGGGAGUGCGCUGAUGAAGUUCUCAUAUGUUGUGGCAUGCCAGAUGUAUGGACGCCAUAAGGCAGAGAGGAAUCCCCGAGCUGAUGAUAUACUGUAUUUGAUGAAAAAUAAUGAGGCCCUUCGAGUAGCAUAUGUUGAUGAGGUUUCUUUUGGGAGGGAAGAGACUGAAUAUUACUCUGUUCUUGUGAAGUUUGAUCAGCAAUUGCAGAGUGAGGUUGAGAUUUAUCGGGUCAGAUUGCCCGGUCCUUUAAAACUUGGAGAAGGGAAACCUGAGAAUCAGAAUCAUGCCAUGAUUUUUACGCGGGGGGAUGCUGUUCAGACAAUAGAUAUGAAUCAAGACCAUUAUUUUGAGGAGGCUCUCAAAAUGCGGAAUCUGCUGGAGGAGUUCAAUGCCUACCAUGGUAUCAAGAAGCCAACCAUUUUGGGGGUCCGAGAGAAUAUCUUCACAGGAUCUGUUUCGUCGCUUGCUUGGUUCAUGUCAGCCCAAGAGACAAGUUUUGUAACACUAGGCCAGCGAGUUUUGGCAAACCCUUUGAAAGUACGGAUGCACUAUGGUCAUCCGGAUGUGUUUGACAGGUUCUGGUUCUUGUGUCGUGGUGGAGUCAGCAAGGCCUCUAGAGUGAUCAAUAUCAGUGAAGAUAUUUUUGCUGGUUUCAAUUGUACAUUGCGAGGUGGCAAUGUGACACAUCAUGAAUACAUACAGGUAGGUAAAGGAAGAGAUGUUGGCUUGAAUCAGAUAUCCAUGUUUGAGGCAAAGGUCGCAAGUGGCAAUGGUGAACAGGUUUUGAGCAGAGAUGUUUACCGGCUAGGUCAUAGAUUAGACUUCUUUCGCAUGCUUUCAGUGUUCUACACAACUGUAGGGUUUUACUUUAACUCCAUGGUAGUUGUACUGACAGUCUAUGCCUUUCUUUGGGGCCGCCUUUAUAUGGCCCUCAGUGGCAUUGAAAGGGAAGCCCAGAAAAACGCUAGCAACAAUAAAGCCCUUGGUGCAAUCGUAAAUCAGCAGUUUAUAAUACAGCUUGGUAUUUUCACUGCACUCCCAAUGGUUGUUGAAAAUACUCUUGAGCAUGGUUUCCUUCCUGCAGUAUGGGACUUCUUGACAAUGCAGUUGCAGCUUGCAUCACUAUUCUACACAUUCUCUUUGGGAACUCGUACCCAUUUCUUUGGUCGGACUAUACUUCAUGGUGGUGCGAAGUACCGAGCCACUGGCCGCGGUUUUGUGGUGGAGCACAAGAGUUUUGCUGAAAACUAUCGACUAUAUGCUAGAAGCCAUUUUAUUAAGGCUAUUGAACUUGGAGUUAUUCUAAUUGUGUAUGCUUCUCAUAGUCCCUUGCCUAAGGGUACUUUUGUCUACAUAGCUAUGACAAUAUCAAGUUGGUUUCUUGUAGUUUCAUGGAUAAUGUCUCCUUUUGUCUUCAAUCCCUCUGGAUUUGAUUGGUUGAAGACUGUAUAUGACUUUGAAGACUUUGUGAAUUGGAUUUGGUAUCCGGGAGGGCCAUUCAGAAAGGCAGAAUUCAGCUGGGAAACAUGGUGGUAUGAGGAGCAAGAUCAUCUCAAAACAACCGGUAUAUGGGGAAAGCUGUUGGAAAUCAUUUUAGACCUUCGAUUUUUCUUCUUUCAGUAUGGCAUUGUUUAUCAGCUGGGUAUUGCCGAUAACAGUACUAGUAUAGCUGUGUACUUGCUGUCUUGGAUAUUCAUGGUUGCUGUUGUUGCGAUUUAUAUCAGUCUAGCAUAUGCACGGGAUAAAUAUGCUACAAAUGAGCACAUAUAUUAUAGACUAGUGCAGCUUCUUGUAACUAUAGUUACAGUUCUUGUAAUUGUCCUCUUACUGGAGUUCACUAGCUUCAGUUUUGUUGAUCUUCUAACAAGCUCAUUGGCAUUCAUUCCCACAGGUUGGGGAAUUAUUUUAAUAGCUCAGGUGCUUAGGCCUUUUCUACAGUCAACUUUAGUGUGGGAUACUGUGGUCUCCUUGGCACGACUAUACGAUUUAUUGUUUGGAAUUAUUGUUAUGGCCCCCAUGGCAGUUCUCUCAUGGUUACCUGGAUUUCAAUCAAUGCAAACUAGGAUUCUCUUUAAUGAAGCUUUCAGCAGGGGUCUCCAGAUAUCUCGAAUAGUUAGUGGCAAGAAAUCUGCUUAA